UGGCUGGAGGUUGUGGCUUAUCUCUCAAAUUAAAAUGGAGAGGGAUUUGGAGCAGUUGCACAGCGCUUUAAAUUACUUGAAAGUAUUGCGGUCGAACGUCGGCCAAGUAUUCGAAACUGUAAGUAACGGCCUGGGGGCGAAUCACGGAGAGGAAGGCAAGGAAAAUAAGUUUAUGAUCGAACUUCAAGAAUUGCUGACUACCGUCAACAAUAAUCUCAGAGAUAUUGAAACGACCGUCUCCAAUCUAACGACGCCAACCGGUCCGUUUAAUUUAGGUAAUACUUCGUAUUUAAGCCAGGAGACCACGCAAGAACGUCAAGCCUUGUAUAGUCAACUGGUGAACAGCUACAGAUGGACUGAUAAGGUGCGCGAUUAUAGCAGUUUGGCGGGAAACAUACUGGCUACAAAUUCAGUGAGUAAGACUUAUAAGACGUUAAGCACGACCAAACGCAGGAAGACUCAGACUAGCAAUCACAACGUUCCGCCUGAGGUAAUUGAAAGUUUGAUUACGAGUAUCGAUCGACUGUUUCCCGAUGUAACAAUUACAGCCUCGCGACCGUUUGCACCCAAUCCGAUAAUUCAGGCGUCUCUCGGUCGUGUAUUGAAGUCAAUUAUCGCCUUUAAAGGUUUGAUGAUCGAAUGGGUCGUCGUUAAAGCGCACUCGGAAUCGAACGAUCUUUGGACAGAAUCUCGCUACAGGGUUCUGCGUAAGGUGACGGAAAACUGUCACGCGGCCAUGUGUCAUUUUCACUCGCCAACAAUGCCCGAGUUAGCGGUUCGUUCUUUUAUGCAUUGGUUUCACAGUUACAAUACUUUAUUCAGCAGUCCCUGUAAACGCUGUGGCAAUUAUCUUCACAGUAAUCUUCCGCCAACAUGGAGAGAUUUACGGACCCUUGAACCCUACCAUGAAGACUGUAAAUAAAGUUUUUUUAAAGUGUAAAACCGGCGUCAUAAAGGAGUGUAGUACUGUUUA